CAUACCCGGUGGACUCCUGCAGAUACCUGGAGCUUCUCCGUUCUCCUCGAUCAAUAUCUAACCUCGUUGCCGCUAAGCUUCUUUAGCGAUCGUAAUCGAAAAUACAUAAAGAGACCCAAGUCCCCUCGAUAGUAGCUCCUCAUUCUUGUCAUCAAUCACAUCAUACUAAUUUAUACCAAGUCUCUCCGUUGCAUUCGACAAGAGCACCAAGUGAAGUACUUUUAACUACACAUAGCUUUUACAUACACUUCUGUUGCAUCGUCUUACUUUCUCGACCCCAAAUCGAAAUUAAAUCCUUCAUCAUGUCAUCGAUAACCUCAGCACGAUAUGGCAAGGAUAAUGUCCGCGUCUAUAAGGUAGAGAGAGAUGAGCAAACCGGAACUCAAACAGUCACAGAAAUGACUGUUUGUGUGUUACUGGAAGGCGCUAUCGAGGUAUCGUAUGUUGCAUACCUCAUCAAAUACGGCUCAAAUUGGUAACUAAGCAUUUUCUAGAUACACAAAAGCCGACAACAGUGUUGUAGUUGCAACCGAUUCCAUGAAGAAUACAGUCUAUAUCAAAGCCAAGGAACAUCCAGUUACUCCACCUGAGCUUUUUGCUAGCAUUCUCGGAACUCACUUUAUCGAUACCUAUCCUCAUCUUAUCGCAGCCAACAUCAAAAUCAUCACUCACAGAUGGACACGAAUGACUAUUGAUGGCAAACCCCACCCACAUUCAUUCUAUAGGGAUGGAAACGAAACACGAAAUGUUGAAGCUGUUAUCAAGAGAGGAAAGGGCAUCGAUAUCCGUAGCGGAAUUGUUGGGCUUUUAGUUUUGAAGAGUACUGGUUCGCAGUUCCAUGGAUUUGUUAGAGACGAGUAUACUACGCUCCCUGAGGUUUGGGAUAGAAUUUUAUCGACUGAUGUUGACUGUGGCUGGGCUUGGAAAACAUUCGUCGGAUUGGACGACGUGAAAGAGGCCAUCCCCAAAUUUGAUAAAGCAUUUGACGAUGCUAGAAAUAUCACCAUGAAGACAUUCGCUGAGGAGAACAGUCCAUCUGUACAAAACACUAUGUACAAGAUGUGCAAUUCUAUCCUAGAAAUCGUUCCAGAAGUCGAGGCAGUGGACUAUUCUUUACCCAACAAGCAUUAUUUCGAAGUUGGUAAGUAACUAGGAGGCACUCCAUGAAACAGGAUAUUUCUAACACAUCUACAGAUCUCAGUUGGCACAAGGGUCUUAAGAACACCGGCAAGGAUGCAGAAGUUUAUGCUCCUCAAUCCGGACCAAAUGGACUUAUCAAUGUUACCGUCACCAGAUCCCCAGCCUCACCAAAACUAUAGACUUCAUAUGCUUUAUAAUUGCAUGGUUUAAUUGCAUGGUACCACUCAGGGUUACUUUAUAGUGGAAAGGCGUAUGGUAAUUUAAGGAUAGUAGAGCGUUUUGGCGCAAUAUAACGGCUUCGGAUAUAGAAUUUGCCAGAUACCAAUACAAAUUCAACUCAUUUAUGAUUCAAUUUA